GAAUGGUUCUGCUUGGAUCAUUCCCCUUUAGAUUCUACUCCUAAACACCUUUCCGCACAGCCAUUUCUGAUCUUGUGGUUUCAAUUGUUAUUCCCUGCUUCUCUGCAACAUGGCUGAAUCGUUUGCUUUUGCCAUAGCUGAGAGUGUUUUGGGGAAGUUGGGCUCUACCCUCAUCCAAGAAGUUGGCCUUGCUUGGGGUGUUAAAACCGAGCUGGGAGAGCUCAAGGAUACUUUAUCCACCAUCCACGCCCUACUCUUGGACGCUGAGGAGAAGCAAGCAACCAAUCGUCAGAUUAGCGAUUGGCUUGGAAAGCUCAAACUCGUCCUUUAUGAUGCAGAGGAUGUGCUCGAUGAAUUUGACUAUGAAGCUUUGCGGCAGCAGGUGGAGGCCAGCGGAUCAAGCAUUACGUCAAAGGUACGCAGUUUCAUUUCCAGUCCAAAUUCGCUUGCGUUCCGUCUUAAGAUGGGCCAUAGAGUGAAGAAUAUAAGAGAGAGAUUAGACAAAAUUGCAGAUGAUAAGUCUAAAUUUAAUCUCACCGAGGGAAUUGCAAACACCCGUGGAGUGCAGAGGGAGAGGCAGAGGGAGACCCACUCCUUCGUCCGAGCAUCCGAUGUCAUCGGAAGAGACGACGAUAAAGAAAAUAUUGUUGGGCUUUUGAAGCAAUCCAGUGACACAGAGAAUGUUUCUGUUAUUCCCAUAGUUGGGAUUGGGGGACUAGGCAAGACAACUCUGGCUAAACUUGUGUAUAACGAUGAGAGGGUAGUGGGCCAUUUCUCAAUUAAAAUGUGGGUUUGCGUGUCAGAUGAGUUUGAUGUUAAAAAGCUGGUAAAGGAAAUCCUUAAGGAGAUCAAAGGUGAUGAAAAUUACAGUGACUUCUCCUUGCAGCAGCUGCAGAGUCCUCUUAGAAAUGCAUUAGAUGGUGAAAAGUUCUUGCUGGUUUUGGAUGACGUGUGGAAUACAGAUCGUGAGAAGUGGCUUGAGCUGAAGGACUUGCUGAUGGACGGGCCAUUGGAAGCAAAAUUCUUGUAA